AGCCAAAGCCAAAAGGACUGAAAGAAAGAGAGAGAGAGAGAGAGAGAGAGAGAGAGAGAUAAAGCUAAUAAGAGAAAGAACUAGUAAAAUCAGUGGUUGAGAAAGAAAGUGAAGAGGAAAAUUGAGAUUAAUAUAUAUUAAAAGAAAGAAACAGAGAGAGGGAGGACUAACUAUAGAAUCACUUCAGCCUGGGACAGAAGAGAUUGAAGAAGAGAGAAAAAAGAGACAUGAAUUAACUCUUGGAUAUAAGACACAUGGUCAUUCGAGGAGCGCUAGUGCUGUAAUCUGUCAUUGAAUUGCCCGGCCACAGUGUGUGUGAGUAGGGAGAGAGAGUGAGAGUGUUUGUGCGAGCCUGUUGUUCCUCUGGAGUCUACGGGACCAUGGCACCUGUCAGAAACGGAUGAACUUGAGGCUUUAAAGACCUGCGGAAAGAAACACAGGGAGAAAAACAGGGUGAUUUCCCAAGUGGGCGUUUUAGUGGAAACCAUAAAUGGCCCACCUGCAUGGUCCAAUCACAGUUUUAACUGACACCUGAGAGAGAGAAAAGCCUCCAGCAUAGAAAAGGAAACGUUCACAGCAUCGCUGUCACAGCUAGAGCUGUCACGACAACAGCUGCCACGACAACCAGCAUCCCGGUCAACCAUCUGUGUGGCAGCUGUCUGCGGUUUAACCUUAACUGAGAAGUUCUGGUGGUCCUCAGAAGAAGAUGAUGAUGAUGGUGAUGACGUACAGUUCGCUUGUUCUGCUCGGGCUGGUCAGCAUCAGUGCUUCAUCUGGUGGAAGUUCUUCAACCUACUCUCCACGUAUGAAGCUCUCUUAUAAAGAUCUUCAACAGUUUAACGGAGUUAAGCGGUUUGACUUAGACCGUUCGUGUUGUUUUGGAGCUCUCCUAUUGGAUGAAGAGAGGGGGCGGCUUUUUGUCGGCGCUCGUAACUUCCUGUUAUCUCUCAGUCUUGACAACAUUAGCAGACAGGAACAGAAGAUUUACUGGCCAGCGCCUGUUGAUUGGAGAGAAGAGUGCAACUGGGCAGGGAAAGAUAUCAAUACUGACUGCGUCAACUAUGUGAAGGUUCUGCAUCACUAUAAUCGUACUCACCUGUACGCCUGUGGCACUGGAGCGUUUCACCCCACCUGUACUUUUGUUGAAGUGGGACAGAAGUUGGAGGAUCACGUGUUUAGAAUCGAUCCCUCUAUGGCAGAAGAUGGAAAAGGAAAGAGUCCAUAUGAUCCAAGGCACACAUCAGCAUCUGUUCUGAUUGGUGAUGAGCUCUAUGCGGGCGUGGCCACUGAUUUGAUGGGGCGGGACUUCACGAUUUUCCGCAGUAUGGGACGUAGGCCAUCCAUACGAACAGAACAACAUGAUUCUCGCUGGCUCAAUGAGCCAAAGUUUAUAGCUGCAUUUGGUGUUCCCGAGAGUGAAAAUCCAGACGAUGAUAAAGUCUUCUUCUUCUUUCGAGAAACCGCUGUGGAAGCUCAGGGAUUCGGGAAGGUUACUUAUGCCCGGAUUGGUCAGCUGUGCAGGAAUGAUAUGGGAGGACAGCGCAGUCUAGUAAAUAAAUGGACAACAUUUCUGAAAACACGUCUUGUGUGUUCUGUGCCAGGCAACGAUGGCACUGAAACACAUUUUGAUGAACUCCGGGAUGUGUUCCUGCUGCCAACCCGUGACAGAAAGAACCCUCUGAUCUACACUGUCUUUACCACUUCCAGUAGUGUAUUUCAAGGCUCUGCGGUGUGUCUGUACACCAUGAAUGACAUUCGACGGGCGUUUUUAGGGCCAUUUGCCCAUAAAGAAGGACCCAAUUAUCAGUGGGUUCCAUUCCAGGGUAAAGUGCCAUACCCACGGCCAGGCAUGUGUCCCAGUAAGACCUUCGGCAGUUUUGAGUCCACUAAAGGUUUUCCUGAUAACGUAAUCCAGUUUGCAAGGCACCAUCCGUUAAUGUUUAAUCCGGUCACUCCACUGGGAGGCCGACCGCUGUUCCUGCGCACUGGAAUACCAUACAGCUUCACUCAGAUUACAGUAGACAGAGUCAAUGCGGCUGAUGGACACUAUGACGUCAUGUUCAUCGGUACAGAUGUUGGCUCUGUGCUGAAGGUGAUCUCUGUUCCUAGAGGAAGCUGGAGCAACACGGAGCUUCUGCUCGAGGAGCUCCAGGUCUUUAAGGAUUCAUCGUCUAUUAUUAGUAUGCAGAUUUCCUCCAAACGGCAACAGCUGUAUGUUGGCUCAGAUACAGGUGUGAUUCAGGUGCCUCUGCACCGCUGCAGUAUGUACGGUAAAGCUUGUGCCGAGUGCUGUCUGGCUCGAGAUCCCUACUGCGCUUGGGACGGACACUCAUGCACGCGCUACCUGCCAAACACAAAACGGAGGUUCCGGCGUCAGGAUGUGAGGAAUGGUGAUCCUAAUGCUCUCUGCUCUGGAGAUCACCAGAAGCCGCGUGUCCUGGAGAAAAGGUUAUACGCGGUGGAUGGAAGCAGCUCGUUCCUGGAAUGUGUCCCUAAAUCACUACAGGCCCACAUUACAUGGACCUAUCAGAGGCACGCUGAAAGCCCACGGGAGGAGGUUCGUUUGGAUGACCGCGUGCUACACACCGAGCGAGGCCUGUUGUUAAGGCGCGCCGUGCGAAGAGACAGUGGCGUGUAUCAGUGUCAUGCAAUGGAACAUGGAUUUACCCAAACCAUCCUUGCGAUCACACUGGAGAUUUUGCCUUCGAGUGGCUCUGCCCCUUCCGCCGUUAACCCUCGCAGCCCUGGCCACGGUCAGUCCACCAAUCAAAAGCUGUGGUACCGGGACUUCAUGCAAUUGGUGGAUCAUCCCAACCUAAGCACGGUCGAUCAGAUCUGCGAGCAAGUUUGGUCCCGUAAGCACAGUCUAUCUGGAAAAAGCGCUGCAGAUCCGGCCAACGAGGCCCCGAGUCAUGACCAACUAAACUCAAACCAUAAAAAAUGGAAGCACUUGAAGGAAGUGAGGAAAGGACGAAAUCGGAGAACGCAUGAUGGACGACCCGCUCCUCGAUCUCCUCGGAGUGCAGGAGAGUAGCGAAAGGUGAGAGACUGAGAGACAAAGAGAUAACAAAAAAAAUGAGAGAUCACUGGAAAUGGACCGAUUCUUACGCAGCAUCUCAUUCAAGAAACACCUGUUACCCCCUCUGACAUCAUUCUAUUCUACCACCCCUGUUAUCAGUCUAUAUAUACUCUGAAGCCCUCAUCUCUAGUCUAAAGACCCAAUCUAGUGCCCCUUGACCCCAAUCCUGCCUGUAUCCCCCAGCUACUAUUACUUCAGCUUCGGUUUACUGCUCUCGAUAAUUACCCUGAAGCUCACAGUUCAAUAUCAAGAAGACUUUGCCCAUACCUGUUACUGGGAGACUCAGAACUGAAUACUAGAAAAAUGCAUGCAUGCACUGCCUAGAUCAGUAAACAUGGUUUCUUGUAAACACACAUUCAAGUCCAUGUGUUCUCCUCUGUGUUUUGAACCGGCUGUUGUGCAAUGUGUGUUGUGUAGAUUAGAUUCUUCUCUCGCUUUGGCUCUCAAAAACUAUUGGACUCACCAGCACCUGAUGAUCAUCAUCAACCUUUAUUCACAGCUUAUAAACUUACAAAGAAGAAGAAAAAAACAAACACCAAAACUGUACAGUUGUAGAGUAUGUGUUUUUUAUGCCACCGUAAUUAUACACAUUGCAAAAAUACAGAGGUUAGUGAGCUUUAAAGUUUGUCAUGGGGGUCUGCUUAGUUGUCAGGUGUUUGUUUUGUUUUUUGAUGAUGUGUGUUGUAUGGGAAUGAGAUGGACAUACAGUACCAUUUAUACAGUAUACAGUGGCAUUAUAGAUAAUAUGGUCAGGGAAGACAUCUACAAAGAGAUAUCAUAUCCUGCUGAUCUCUAAAUAGGCAAAAUGGUUUCCUGUUUUUUUAUACAAUUGUACCAUGUUUAAACAAUUUAACUUCCUACUAUUAUUCCUUUUAUUCACUGUUUAAAAGAAUACGUGUUCAGUGAGCAUCAUAUAAGAUCUCAGUGUGUGUACAGUAUAACAUAUGUUGGUAAAUAAUGGGUGAAAUCCCAGGACAGAAAAUGAUCGCAGGUCAUCCUUGGAGAUAAGAAAUGAUAACGAAAACUCCCUCUUUCUUAGCUUUAUUGAAUAUUUAAUAUAUUUAACAUGUCUUUCAAAAGGUCCAUUUUUCAUGAAAUCUUUCUACAUCUUACAAAUAACAGUAUUGAAUUUGUUAGUAAAUGCAUGUUUUCAGUACAUAUGUAAUGUCAGGUUUCUAAAAAUUCCAAAAAACCUACAUAAUUUUAGGCGUAUUUGACCAUGAGUACUUGACCAUAUAGGCGGAGUCUUACGUUUGUGCUUGGGUGGCACCUACCGGCAAAUAAGGGUACUGCAAUACUUCUGAGAGAGUGCGCUCCGUGGAUUUAAAUAUUGUUUAAAUAAAUUAAAACUAUUUUUGACUUAAGUUGCUUAGUCUAGCUGUUAAAAUAUCAAGAUUAGACAAAUAAAAUACGAUUUCUAUUUUAUUAAUAUGAUCCGAAGGGCGGGGCAAACUCCACCUAUGGAUUUGACCUGUCAUGGUGUUCUUGCUAAUAUGGUGGUGCUCUGCAGCUUUGUUAAAGUAGGCAGGUUAUUUCUGGUUUCAGAGUUAAUCUUGGCCUUGUAAAAUAAUCUAAUCCAAUUAAUUUUUCAAAGAGAUGUAAGAAUGUUUUUGAGCGGAACUGGUAGUUAUCAUGUGGUAGUAUUUUUAUCUGUUUUCAGAAAGUUUUGUUUAAUAUUUGCAUGACUUUGAAACGUCUUGAUGAGCGUUUUGUUACAAUGGAAAGACCAUAUUUUAAAGUAUCCUACAAGGUUAACUGGUGCUUUCAUUGUAUAUUUAUAAGCUAAGUGUUGUAGUCGUACUAAAGCUGACCUACAUGUGUAUGUCCACUUUGAUAGAGGAGAAUAUGAGAACAUGCUUGUGUGUAUAUUUUGAAAUUCAUUUUAAUACAUAUUUAAAGCUCACUCCGUAUGGAAAUCGCCUUUUGCCAAAUGAGUCUUCAGAAGAAAACUAUUAAGACAUCCAAAGCCCUUUCAACUGAUCUCUUGUGACGCCUCUCAGUUUUUGAGUGCGAGAGCAGGUGUAUGUGUCUCAUUGUGAGAGAGUCUGUGUGUGAUAUGUGUACAGUAUAUGGGAUGAAAGAGUAACCCUGCGUCCCGAUUAAUAGAUUUAGUAUGUCCCAUAUCUUUCAAAGCACUCAAAUGUCUAAUUUUUUUCCAUAACAAAAACAGUACUUUUAGGGCAUAGGACAUAGUUAGCGAAUUGGGACGCAGGCUAAAUUUCAUUUUGUUGACAGGUCAAAGGUCGAAGGCCAAAGUUGACGUGAACACUGUAUUUUUUUCUGUUGAUUGUUGCAUCAGACUGUAAUUAAUUAACACAAUAAAACAUACAGUUAUUUGAAAAUAAA